CGUCCGGCGUGCUGAAUGAUCCUAUACACUGACCAUGCCACUGGCUCGAGCAUUUGCAAUCUUUUGGUCGGUGUUCUGACUGAUGCCGCUGAACAGACCUCGACCUCAUGCACCUGGAAAAGAACUUAUUCUUGCGUGCUGCAAUUAUUGAACGCUCGUGUCGUAAUACCGCCCUGAAACGAUGAUGGCUGUGGUGGCAUUGUUUGCCACGCACCAACUCUGGUCACUGGCAUUGGUUACACGGCAACACUUCGCUCGUGGCGACUGCACAGCGUGUGUAUCUUGUCCUCGGUCGUUGCUGCGUGAUGGGUUGCUCCAAGUGACGAGUCAUCGGAACCGGCCCGUAGGUGACGAAAGGACACUAUGCAAGAGCGUGCGGAUCGCCUCAGCUAUUGAUCUACGUACGUUACUCACGCUUGGCAAGUUCUCUGACAGACCGGCGGUACCAUUGAUCGGCCGAAAAUUUGUCGUGAAGGCCUUGCCGAAACAAUUCGCGCGAAGCGCGAUUUCAUCUGUCUAUUCAGGUGGCCACUGCAUGCUGGACACGCUUUACAUUCUACACAUACCGAGUCAUUUCUGUUCCUCUUCUCGAAGCCACGCACGGAGGAGACUGGCGCGGGGCAGCUGAUGCAUUGCUGGCUUCGCCUGCUGUUGUUUCAAAGUGAGCCCGUGAUGAGCGGCACGGAGCCCGCACUUAUGGGAA